UGCCUGGCCGGAGGAGUCGCCGCGGUGUCCGCGUCCACGCGCCCGCCAUGGCGCCCUUCGCGUCCGUGCUUCCCCGGCUACUGUGUGCCGGUGUCCGGCCCAGUUUCCUGCACAAGGCGGCCCCAGGCCCGGCUCUGCAGAGCCGGAGAACGCUGGGGAGAGCUCCGGCCCCCGAGGUCAGCGAGCCCGAGGACCGCGAUGAUCUCCAGAGCAAACUCCUGGAAUUGCCACUCCAGCAGCCUGAUUUCUUCAACAUCAAGGAGCUGUUUUCCAUGAAGACCCUCUUCGAUGCCCGCGUGCACUUGGGACAUAAAGCUGGUUGUCGGCACAGGUUUAUGGAGCCAUACAUCUUCGGGUGCCGCCUGGACCAAGAUAUCAUCGACCUGGAGCAGACAGUCAGACACCUCCAGCUGGCCUUGAACUUCACUGCACACGUGGCCUACCGCAAAGGCAUCAUCCUGUUUGUGAGCCGCAACCGGCAGUUCACUCACCUGAUUGAGAACACGGCCCGGGACUGUGGCGAAUAUGCUCAUACUCGCUACUUCAAGGGUGGCCUGCUGACCAACGCGCCACUCCUCUUUGGACCCACAGUACGCCUGCCAGACCUUAUCAUCUUCCUUCAUACUCUCAACAACGUCUUCGAGCCCCACGUGGCAGUGAGGGAUGCAGCCAAGAUGAACAUCCCCACGGUUGGCAUCGUGGACACCAACUGCAACCCGUGCCUCAUCACCUACCCCAUCCCUGGCAACGAUGACUCACCCCCUGCCGUUCAUCUCUUCUGCAGGCUCUUCCAGAUCACCAUCAACCGGGCCAAGGAAAAGCGGAGGCAAAUGGAGGCUUUAUACCGGCUGCAAGGUCCCCAGGGUGCUGAGGGCAGCGGGACAGGCGACACUUCUUCCAGAGCAGACUCGAGCUGCUCCUCUUGAUGGGCCACCUUGCUGCUCCUCUACCAGAUGGCCCUGGCUCCUGUGUUCACCCCUGUCCUUGGCAUUGGGGUCCCUUAUUCCCAGGGCCUAUGCAGCGGGAGACUGCCUGCCUCUUCUUUGGGGAUUCUCACUGCCAUGGGGACAUGGACCUGAAGAGCCAACAAGACUGCCGCUGCCGAAAGAUGGGUUCUGUCUGCCUGAGCAGCCAUUGCUUCCACUUCAGCAUCAGGCCCGUGCCAGGAGGGCUCAGCUCAGCUCAGCUCGGUUUCUCUCAGUUAAAAUGUUUUUGCCUGUAAUCCCAGUACUCAAGGUAGAAGCAGAACGAUCAGGAGGAUAGGGAGGUUUGGGGCCAGCCUGGGAUAUGUGAGACCUUUUUAUUUUCCCCCUGCUCUUCUAUUUUGCAAAAGGUGAUUUACACCACCAGAAGAGAAGCCACAUCAGAGCUGUUUUGUCAUGCUGGAACCCCGGGAAAGCUCAGCUGGGACAGGACAGGCAAAAACGGGUGACAGCUUCUGCAGAAAUAAAGCCUCCUGUGGGCACAGUGAGACUGGGA